GGAUGGACCUCUCGGCCAACCAAGACGAGGAGGGUGACCAGGAGACCUACCAGCUGGAGAUCAACAAGGACACCAAGAAAUGCGCGUUCAGGACCUACACUGGGAAGUACUGGACCCUCACCUCCAACGGGGGCAUCCAGUCUACCGCCUCCACAAAGAACGCGAGCUGCUAUUUCGACAUUGAGUGGUGCGACAAGCGCAUCACCCUGAAGGCUGCGAAUGGCAAGUAUGUGACGGCGAAGAAGAACGGGCAGCUAGCGGCCUCCAUGGAGACCGCAGGCGAGACGGAGCAUUUUGUGAUGAAGCUGAUCAACAGGCCCAUCAUUGUCCUCCGCGGUGAGCACGGCUUCAUUGGGUGCCGGAAGGUGACCGGAACCCUGGACUCCAACCGCUCCUCCUAUGACGUCUUCCAGCUGGAGUUCAAUGACGGGGCCUACAACAUCAAGGAUGCCACUGGGAAGUACUGGAUGGUGGGGAGUGAGUCAUCCGUCACCAGCAGCAGCGACACCCCCGUGGACUUCUUUUUUGAGUUCUGCGACUAUAACAAAGUGGCUAUCAAAAUCAAUGGCAAAUACCUGAAGGGUGACCAUGCCGGGGUCCUCAAGGCAUCCGCCGACGCCAUUGAUGCCUCCACCCUCUGGGAAUAUUAA